AUGCAGUCGCUGGAAGAUGCAGAAAACCCGACGACAGACGAAACGAUGAACGUAGACGAACACUCAACGCGAUCUACCAAGAAAGUUCGAACCGUGAAACGUACCUUUGCUGACACGGUUUCCUCUCAACCCCCGCUCAAUGCUAACGUAGAUUCCAGGGUGGAAACGCACGAAUGGGCGUUCGAAGAUCCAGAGAUCGAGUCGGAUGCUGAGAUGGACAUGGCUGACAAAUCAGAUGGACGACUGAGAGUUGUCUUCUCAAAAGAACUUCGCAAGGAACUGUGUAGCGAAUGGAAACUAGCCCUAAUCAUUAAAUAUUUGGGCAAGAAUGUGAGCUUCAGCAUAUUGAAUCAACGCCUUCCAGUGAUGUGGAAUCUGCAGGGUCAUCUCCACCUCAUCGAUAUAGGGUUCGGGUGCUUUGUCGCUCGCUUCGACAACAAAACCGACUACCUUCACGUCCUUCUUGACGGCCCCUGGAAGAUCUUCGAUAACUACUUGCUAACUCAACGAUGGGUCCCUAACUUCAAAGCUCGAACAUCCAAGUUUGAGAAGAUGGCAGUCUGGGUACGUUUACCAGAGUUAUCGGUUGAAUACUUCCGGAAUGAUACGAUCAAGAGUAUCUUGGAAAAUGUGGGAAAACCUCUCAAGCUUGACCGCACCACGAUUGCACGAGAAAAGGGGAGGUACGCAAGAGCAGCGGUGGAAGUUGAUCUAAACAAGCUGCUGAUUUCCGAAGUGUUGGUGGGGAAUGAGGUGCAAAUCAUUGAGUAUGAAGGGUUGCACGUCGUAUGCUUCGGUUGCGGAGUGGUCGGACAUAGGGAACAACAAUGCCCGCAUAAUAAACACAAGGAACCGGAAACUGCAACGAUGGAUAUGAACACUCCACCGGCGAACGAUACGGAAAAGGAACCCCAAUCGGAACCUGUACCGCCGAUGGUAACACCAACUCAAGCUAAACAAAGAUAUGGUACGUGGAUGCUUGUGACUAGAAAGAAGACGCAGACUGACGCAUCCAAGGGGCAUCGCCACUCGAAAAAGACAGACCGACCACCGGUUAACAGAGGUAACAAAUUCCAACCACUAGCAGCCGAAGUGGAGGGAGAUGGCCAUACCGCCGCCCCGGUCAGAAGAACGUCGCAGAUGACACAAGAGAACGCUAAAGGUAAGUCCGCUAAUUCUCCGAAUCAGUUCCGCAAAUUAACUUUUUCACGUACCGAGAAAGAUAGGAGAGCCGGCGCUGGAAAUCCCAAUUAUCCCAACACUAAUGUUCGAGGACGUGGGAAUUCACUUAUGAGUAGCAGAGGCAGAGAAACAGCAACAAAUAAUAGAGGUCCAGCGCCUCAGAUGACACCCCACACUACCAGUAGUGGGGUUGGUAACACAGGUAACUCUGGGAAUGUUGGUUACUUCCAGUUUGGAAGUCAGCCCUUGGCUUCCAACAUGCAGACUGCAGGGGCCCAUCACACGGGUAACGUGGGGUCCACUUCUCGUUUUACGCCUGGGGAAGGCGGUGGCCAAACUUCCCUUCCGGCCAACCCGUCUCCAUGA